GUUAGUGCUGAUGUUGGCUGUGCGACGCGUUGGUGGAGGUGAAGCGAGGUUGUAUAACUGAUAUAGAGCAUAACAUGAAAACUUCUGGAAGGAAGUAAGUGUAUGGAGUCAGUCUGACAGUGUUAUUCCGUGUCCGAUUGCAAGAAAGAGGAAAGUGACAUUACACUUGAAAAGGAAGCGGAAAGUGACGAGAUAGUGGACAUUUAUUGAAAUAAAAUAGACAUCUUUUGGUAUGUAUUCUGCCAUAGAAAUGACUUCUGAAAUGAACUUGGCUGUAGGUAUCACAGCCAACGAAGAAGAGCUAAAGGCCGACUAUCAGGAAUUUUCAGAGAAUAGUCACUUGCAUGAUGAUGUAAAAGGGCCUGGAGGAAGAGCUCGGAAUCAAAAUGAAAAGAGUCGUUUUCGAAACAUUUCUGAAAAGGAAUUGGAAAUGCUUGCGGCCUCAAGGAAGGCAGUGCGCAAAGAUUAUUCACUAGUGAAACCAGAAUACACAGGCUGUGAGAGAAAGUUUAAUUUUUGUAAUACCCUUGGGUAUCAAGAUUCUGAAACACAGGGGAGCACAUUACCAAGUAUAAGAAACAAGGAUACACACACGAAAACCCCCCAACAGAACGACGACGUAGUUUCAUUGUACGCGGAAUGUCCCGUGUCUUAUAUACCAAAAGGGUGCUUUGGCGAGGUCUCCCCUGCAGCCAAUAGAGACCUGCUAUCAAUACCGUCAAAACACACAGCAGAAGCCGCCAACGGUGAUCCAACCCUUGGUUCUCCGUCAUUCAUCAUGGUUCGAGAAGCCUCCGUUGAAGGCGUUUUCAUAUGCGCUCCCACACCAAGUUCCAGCGAACCUGAAAUCCCUUGUUCGUCCAACGCUGUUUCACAACAGAGCCCAUUCCGGCGCCAGUUGUUCACAUCUCUGAUGACACGUCAGUCAGCCCUUGUGUCAAGGAUCAACCAACAAACAUCUAAACUAAUGAGGGCAGUCGAAGCAGCUACAUUUAUCACACAGACAGACCAAGAAAGCAAGUCAAGAUCAGUGUCUUCAGAUAUCAAUCCAGUCUUGAUGCCAACAACAUUGAGAGAAAAAAGAGAGUCAGUGUGCGAAAACAUUAAUGAACCAAAAACUAGAUGUAAUCCAGCUGUAAAGUUUCAUUUAAGUGAGGACACAGAAAAUGAAAUCUUCGAGCCAUUCGGGUCUCGUGGCGCCAGGGAGCGAGACCCGCUUCGUCUGGUGUCCAUUUGUGACUCGGGGAUCGGCUUCGAGUCGGACGAAGACGCCAGGUCCUUGUCUCGGGAGUCUUCGUAUACACUAAGUGAAGACAGCGAAGGGCCAGCCGAGAAGUCAGGUAAGAUACAGGAAUUAAGUGAAAAGCAUUUUGUGAAAUAUAUUGAAAUGUAUUACAGGAUUCACACUGUUUCCUCCAUUAUCUGACAUACUGCAAGACCUUAAUGCAU